UCAGGUUUAUGCUAUCCCGAAGUCAUCAGUUCUGGUAAACCAAUGUGUGUCAUUUUUUUGGUGUAUUAAUGUACCCUUUUGUAUUUAUUCAUUCAAGGUGUUUGCUAUGGCAAGCAUCAUUGUUACUGUUCCUCAUAUUGAAGGUUAAUCAUUUGAACAAACCCCAAACCAAACAUCUCAGUCAAAGUCCUGCUCCAACACACCUGUCUGUAAUUAUCAAGUGCUGCUGAAGAGAUUAAUUAGCCGAUUCAGUUGUGCUUGGUUAGGGUUGGAGCUGAACUUUGCAGAUCUCCAGGAACAAAAUUGGGUAGCCAUGAAUGGACCCAAUCCACAUCUAAAAAAACGAAUAUCAUACAUCUUUAGAUGGUGGGAUUUUUUUGACUUUUUCCAAUAACAAACUUUCUAGAAUGCCCUAGUAGCAACCGCAUAGCAUAUUCAUAGCAGGGGCAAGUACCGUUCAGUUUCUGUAUAGAGGUUCAGAUGAGAUAUCUUCUUAUGUUAUAUAAGUUUGCUUUAAAAGUUAUUUUCUUUAAAACUGUUUCUUUAAUGUACAUGAUUGUCAAAACCCAGCACUUCAGGUUUUGAUAUGUUCGCCCUGCUCUUGUUUAUAGUCUUGUUUUGUCUUUUUAGUGUUGAAAAUGUUUAUGCUUUGUAAUCUGAAGAGUUUAGCCCAGAUAAACAUCUUGGUGUUUUCCUGCUUAACUCUGCAUACUUGUUUUCUGUAGCAUAAUAGUCGACUGCACUAGCAGAAAAUGAGCAACAGCUGCUGUAAUCUCCAGGACGGUGGUAGGUAAUAAGCGAGGGAAGGCCUGCUGCUGGUGGACAGGUUGUCCCGGGUCGUGCUCAUUCAGCGUGUGCCCAUUUCACAGUGUGAGUGCAGGGAUCAGGAGCGGCCAACUGGAUUGGCUUGUCGGUCAAUAGAAAUGAAGUGAAGAGAUUGCAGUCACGUCAGUUUAUGAGGCCUGUCUGAAUUAUUUAUCUUUUGUUGUUAUAUUAAAUCGUUCUCGUUUCUUAUCUGGGGCAGUUUUUCUCCUGCAUUUUAAUUUGGAUUUAACAUGUGCUUGACAAUUUUAAAUCAUAGAUUUAUUAACGCAGAUUACUUUUUCUCAAAGAAGCAAAUGAGAAGUGCUUGUCUAUGCAAAACCACACCACAAUGGGAUUGUAGUCACUAGGGUGUUGCUAGUUUUCAGUGAUUUUUAAAGCAUUGCUUAUUGGUUCAAGUUGCUCAUAAGUAGUAUUCUACAACAAGCCUCAGAUUUGAGGUGUCCAUUGGUGUGGAGGUUUGGGAUUAGAGGUUUGGUGAUGUCCCUAAACCGAAGUAUGACAAAUGGUGAUAGUGAUUGGAACCCUAACCCACACAAUUAACAUGUUUACACUGGCUACUAACUUAAAAAGUUUUUUUUUAUGGGCAGUAGUACAGAAUCCCAGGGUGUGGUAUUUAAUGGUUAAUUAGUGUAGUAUAGGUUAAAAUGGCCCAAAGCCUACAUCACUAUUUGUUUGUUUAGUUUUUGUCUGUUAUAAGUAAUCUAGUCUGCUUUUCAGAUGGUUGACCCAUAGGUGGCAGUGCAUUGCCAGCCAUAUGUCAGUUUUGGGCUCAUUGCCAUUGUUGGCUGCUUUCCCCACCCUGCAGUGCUACAUGCCUAUCUUCAUUGUGCAUCUAAAUCGAGAGGCUGUUAACAGCUCUUCUGCGGUCUGAGUUAUUAAAUGGCUGGGAAAUUGAAGAAAAACUAGUCAGUUGCCCUCAAGUAAGACAAAUCAAAUGGAGCAAGUCCUCUAAAUGAAUUCCUGUUGAGAUUGGAUGCUUGCUGUCAUCAAUUGGUUUUCAUUCAUGCCAUGUUAAGGUAGAUUGAUUAUACAAGGUCUGUUGAGCUUCUGAAUAAGAUUACUUCUAAGCAGUAAGCCGAAUCUCCUGCUUAGAAGAGCAUCUUUGUCUAAUUCGCUUUUUUCCCCCCCUUUGCCUCUUUUUUUCAUGUUCCUAUUUGUGGAUCCCAUUUUCCUGAGGGUGUGCAGGGAAAAGGUCAAAGCUCUGUAGCGCUCAGCCAGCAUCAUAUCUUUGAAACUAACAAGAUGAAUCUAAAAAAGCUUUUUCAAAUUUAUCAGAGGUUGCUCCAGACCAUCAGUGUACUGGAGGCCCAGCGAACCCAAGCCAUCCUGGACCUGGAGACAUUGGCACGGCAUCAGAAGGAAGCCCUGUCUGACCCCAUCGUCUUUGUGGACCAGCUACAGAAACGGGUGGAGUUGGGUCUGCCUCGGCCCCAGAGAGUAGUCCAGCUCCCGGACAUUGCAUGGGACCAAUACACCUCAGGCCGUGGCGACUUUGAAAGGGAGUUCUGUGACAAGAAGCGCAAAACAAGGCAGUUGCAGUUAAUCUUUGACAAAGUGGGGUUGCCUGCUCGACCAAAAAGUCCUGUGGAUUCCAAGAAGGAGGGUGACUCCUCAUCCGUCUACUCCUCCUCGCUGCCAUCAAGUGACGGUCCAGAACACAGCAUGUCCAGUAGCAGAACUCAGAUGAUCAGAGGGAGGCUGUGCAGCCAGAACAAACCUGACACCUUCAACCAGUUGUGGACCGUUGAGGAACAGAAAAAGUUGGAGCAGCUGCUUUUGAAGUUUCCACCAGAGGAGGUCGAGUCCAAACGCUGGCAGAAGAUCGCAGAUGAACUUGGCAACAGGACCGCCAAACAGGUUGCUAGCAGGGUACAGAAAUAUUUCAUAAAACUGACAAAAGCUGGUAUUCCAGUACCAGGCAGAACACCCAAUGUGUGCACGUACAGUAAAAAGGCCUCCAGUAAGCGGCAGCACCACCUCAAUAAACACCUGUACAGGCCCUCGACGUUCCUCACCUCAUACGAGCCGCCCGUCUACAUGGAUGACGAGGAUGAACGUUCUCACUUCUUUAACAGCCUCCAGGAUAAUGGAGCGGAUGAUUCGGACGAGGACGGGAUACCAAUGGAGUUGAGGCACCUGCCGGAGUACAAGGAGCUACUGGAGCUGAAGAAGCUCAAGAAACAGAAACUACAGGAGAUCCAGGUUGAGAGCGCUCUCACGCAGCACGUUGGCUAUAAGUGUGACAUGUGUGGCAUGGAGCCCAUUCAGGGUGUACGGUGGCACUGUCAGGACUGUCCGCAGGACAACGCUGUGGACUUCUGCAGUUCCUGCUCCGACUGUUUAUUCAAAACAGAGACCCACAAGCCCACACACAGACUGGAGCCAGUCUGCCAGGCUGAAACCUUCCUGGACAAAGACUACUGCUUACCGCAGAGCACAGGCUACAACUACCUGGACCCCAACUACUUCCCUGCCAACAGAUGACAGGGACGAGCUCCAGCGCUAGUAUCCAGGGCUGGGCCGCAGCCCCCAGGGCAUUCUGUGCAUGGCUCCAUCAUCCAAGUCAAAGAAAUGCUUACGUUUGGGCGAGAGGGUACCGCAGAUGGGCCGCACCUCGCCCCGACCCGCUGCCGGAGGGGGGUGGGGUGGGGGAGGGUUCGUGGGAGGGAGGGGGCAACACCCUGCCGCGGUUGUCAAACCUUACCAGGUCUCGUCAAGUAACACUAUCUCAAAAUCAAAAGAAACGAGAGGAAAGAACGAACAAAAGAAAAGGCACACCGACAUUCCCAAUCCCAGGACAUUUAGAAGGCAACCCGACGCCUCCCUUUGUUCCGCCGUUUGAGUGACGGGCGUCAGCGCCGCGCCUCUCAGAGGAGCGCGCGGCUCCGGAUUCAUCGGCGGGAGCGGGGUUGGGCUCGCGUUAAAGUGCAAAAUGUCGUCUGUAGUUGAAAUAUUUAUAAGUGAAGCUUUGUGUGUGAGCUCUUUUCGUGAGGCGGGAGUACAAGGAAAGGAACUUGGUGCUGAGACUGUCGUCUUUGAUUCAUACCAGGUUUUUAACCAAUCGAGGAGGUUCGCUCACAACUCCGACAUUCUAAACAGGGGUUAAAACAAACAAACAAAAAUCCCGGCUGACAGACCCCGUACAUGUCUCUUGCCAUGGGCUACCAUUUUCACUAGAAGCUGCUCUUUGUUUCCUCUUACGACCGUUACAUGAUGUUGUCACUUUAUUUACGUUCAUUUCUUGUUUUUUAAAUUACGCCGAAUUAAAAAAAAAAAACUAAAAAAAACAAAAGCCACUCCACUUAACCCAAUAGGUUCCCAAACCUCGAAGCACUACAGCACGGAGAAGACCAGCUGAGAUCCAGAAGGCGUUAUUGCGCUCUCUGCGCUCGUGGAGAGCUUUCUUUUCUUUUCUCAAUGUGUACUGUUGUUGAUCAUGUGGAGUAUUCAAAUAUAUGGUGAAAAGUAGCCAGUGGUAGUUGCCGUGUGCCAUUUUUUUUUUUCUUCCCUGUCCAGUUGAUUCAAACCUGGCCACUUGUCUUAGAAGAAGAAAAUAAAGAACUCAUGGCACGUUUGCCCUCUGUGAAAAACUGCCCAAUCAUCAUCACGCCUUUAGCUCCCUCUAAUUUUUGCAGUUUCCUCACGGUCCAUGAAAAGAUUGUAUUUUUAUUAAUCUAUUUAAAAGACGAAGAAUAACAAGAAAUCGAGUCGGUGGUAGGCGUCGCAUAUGCGCCGCGCUCCCACGUUAUUUUAUACACAUGCAUUUUGUUGUGCUUUGAGUAGACCAUUUUGUAUUGGGUUCUGUUCUGUUCACCUCCCCUCCCUUGACCUGCUUCAAUAUCUGUGUAUAACAGUCUGUUCUUAAAUAAUGUAAAAAAUGUUAGAGGAGAACUGUGGAAAUAAAAGUAUGUGAAAAGUCUUUCUACA